AUGGGGGAGCCAUUUGCAGUAUGGAAGAAUCCAAUGACAAAUAGUUGGUCUGUAAUGUCGGAUGUUUGUCCUCAUCGGUUGGCGCCACUCUCCCAAGGGCGAAUUAAUGAAGAAACGGGUUGUGUGGAAUGUGGCUAUCACGGAUGGCAAUUUCAGAAUGAUGGUACCGUGUCGGUGAUUCCACAGAUGGACAAAGGCAAAAGUUCAGUCGAAAAGGUGAAACCAGCAACCUCAUUUGCCGUGCACGAAACGGGAGACCUUCUAUGGGCAUUCCUACCCACAAACCUUCAUGGUGAGUCAUUUCCCAAAACACUGCUUCAUGAAGACUACUACUUUCCCGGUCUGAAGAUGGACAUGGCUCGGGACGCCACCUAUUAUGUUCAGGAGAUGCCAUCUUCGUUCCAUAUGAUAGUGGAGAAUGGUCUUGAUCCUGCUCAUUUUUCCUUUGCGCACUGUGGAGUCAUUGCAAGAAGAGACGAUGCUGCUCCGAUGCCGGAUAUGAAGGUCGUUUCGUCGAAUUUUACAAACUUGGAUAUCUAUACUACCUACAAGAGAAAUGGGGAAUCCCGUGAAAGAAUCUAUUCCUAUCAGAGGCCAUGUCUGUUGUAUAACAAGGAAAAGGUGCCGAGUUCAAAUCAAGAGGAUAAGUCAACGUGGCUCCCUGCUGUCUUGUUCUUCCUAGUGCCAAUACGUGAGGGUCGCACACGUAUCAUAACGUCUGUGGAAAAGGUUUCGAAAUCUUACCUACCUGCUUGGGUCACUCAUUUGGCCACACGGCGAUUAUUUGAAGGUGACUAUUUCGUCCAUCAAGCCGAACUCAAUAGGGUAGAAAAGAAUCUAAAAUAUGUGGAGCCGACAACUAGUGAUACCGGGCCGCGUGCCUGGAACAAAUGGAUGCAACAAUAUGGAUUCUCUGAUUCGCCAGCACACACCUUUGGAACGGCAUCAAAGGAGAAUUUGGUUCCGAUGAACUUUGCUGAAAUGCAGAACCCGUGGAGAAUACACACAUCAACAUGUUCGAAAUGCCGUGCUGUGUUGAGACGAGCACGUAAAACUCAACGUUGGUCCAUAUUGGGCGGCAUAUUGGGCGCGUCUUUAUUGCAAGGGCGAAAGAAACUAAGCGUGGCAUACUUGGUUCUAUCUGCUGGUAUCCUCCUUCAUUUUCUGGCAAAGAAAGUUACUACGUUAAUGGAGGGUAGUAGCCACCCGUCUGAUGCUCCUGAGAGGAGUUUUUCUAUGAGUGCCAAGUAG